GUACAUAUAUAAGACCCUGCACAGCCUCAACACGCAUCUCUGUGUAUCUGAAACACGCUCCAUAAUGUCUCUGGUUUCAAUCACUCUCAUCAGCAUCGUUUUUCUAAGCCUACUUCCUCAUACUCCAAAAGCAUAUGGGCCGCUGAACUAUGCCUGCUGUGUGAAAUACACUCGGACUCCUUUGCCCUUCGGUGUGAUCGCAGGCUUCAUUGAGCAGAGCUCCCUUGAGGUGUGCCGUAUAGAUGCCAUCAUUUUUAUCACCCAGAAAAAUAAGAAGAUAUGUGCGAGCAUUGAGGAUCAGUGGGUGAGAGCUGCACUCGCACAUCUGAGGUCUAAAAUUGCUAAACUGGAGAACAAGGCAUCUUUACGCCUCACCACUGCUGGACCGAAUAGUGUGAUUCAAACAAAUACCACCAACAGCCCAUGAAGCUUUUACAGAUAAAUGUGGCUUUGAACAAAGCAUAUAAUUGACUGAAUUAAUCACUGAUUAUUUUUAUCAUGCAUUAAAUAUAUUCUGACUAUUCAUCUUUAAUAA